AUGGAGACCAUAUCACCGGAAUUGACGCCAGUUCUUCAGAAACUGGUUUAUAUUCGUCGAGAGAUUAUGGCCAUUGGGUCACGACCCAAGUUUUCUGCCAACAGUUUGAAACCGCUGUUGGACGAUUUGCGGGCUAUUGAGAGUACUCGAGUGGAUGAUAAGUUUGUAGGAGCCGAUGGCAAGCCCAUUGAAUCGGGCCAGUCGACUGUCAAUGGUAUUCUAGAAAAGUGUCAUACACUUAUCAACGAUUUCCUAGCACACGAAGACCAUGUUGCAGAGGAGCUAAAACCUAUCUAUAACCAACUGGUGGAAAUGAAGGGGACCUUAGAAGGACUUCUGAUCACACACCGAUGGACAUUAAGAGAGACGGAUUUAUACUUUUACCAGAAAAAGUUACAAGAGAUUGAUGAUCUCAGAGUGAAUGGAGUAUUCCGAGUAGGCGAUUCUGGUGACGGAACGGCCGCCAGUUCUGACGAUCCGUCAGCUCCACCACCCAAAGGACAGUCAAUUCUCCUGUACCUGAUUCGCCGAUGCUACGCCAUCAUUUACAAACUACUCGAGUCGUCUGAACCAGUAUCUGAAGCACUGACACCCAUUCACAACCAGCUGACAACGACCCGACGAUGUCUGUUAGAAGUGAAGCGAAUGGGCGGGCUGUCGUCGGCCCGCGAGCUGUACCCGUACCAAAUGAAGCUGGCAUCCAUCGACAACCUGCGAGUGGAUGGGAAAUUCAUGGUUGGCAACACAAUUCCCGAGGGCCAGGGAAUGCUCAACGCGCUCCUGUCGGAAUGUUUCGACAUCUGCUACGAACUCAAGGUCGAAAUGGACGAGCAAAUCGCCGCCUCGGCCACCGCCACGCCCACUGCCAGCGCUGCCGAGAGCGAAGACGUCGACAUUGACGACGACGACGACAACAACAACAACAAUCACAACCACAACGACGAUUAG